UGGCUCGCCAUCGACGGCCGCGCCGUCGACGUGACGGACUUCGCGGACCAGCACCCCGGCGGCGGCGAGCUGCUCCUCGAGUUCGCGGGCAGGGACGCGAGCCACGCGUACGCCUCGUACCCGCACAGCUUCUUCGCGCGGGACCUGCUCGACCGCUUCGUCGCCUUCGAC